AUGGAAGUAGGGGAAUGAUGGAAGUAGGGGAAAACUGGGGAAGUAGUGGAACUGAUGGAAUAAGUGGAACUGAAUGUGGAAUGAUGGAAGUAGUGGAACUGAUGGAAGUAGUGGAACUGAAGUAGUGGAACUGAUGGAAGUAGUGGAACUGAUGGAAGUAGUGGAACUGAUGGAAGUAGUGGAACUGAUGGAAGUAGUGGAACUGAUUGAAGUAGUGGAACUGAUGGAAGUAGUGGAACUGAUGGAAGUAGUGGAACUGAUGGAAGUAGUGGAACUGAUGGAAGUAGUGGAACUGAUGGAAGUAGUGGAACUGAUGGAAGUAGUGGGACUGAUGGAAGUAGUGGAACUGAUGGAAGUAGUGGAACUGAUUGAAUUAAUGGAACUGAUGGAAGUAGUGGAACUGAUUGAAGUAGUGGAACUAGCUUAAUCAAAUUCCUAGAAUCUCUGCUUGUAUUUGAUGUUGGCAUUUACUGUCCCUGAGUCUAUCAAACUGUAUGGUGUAAAUAUACCUCUGCUAAGCAGCGACCGAAGACAACGUGUUUCUCUUUCUGUCCUGCAGCUAUAUAAGAGGUUUUUUGUGAUCACCUUCCUGGGGUCUAUCCUGUGGAUCGCUGUCUUCUCCUACCUCAUGGUGUGGUGGGCACAUCAGGUAAGGUAUACUAACUGCAUCCUCAGUCUUUUGAACACAGUGGAUGAGUCUAAUGUACAAGACUAGUAGAAUAAUUAAAGAGGACUAGUAGAAGAGGUUGUCUUCCUUUUGGCACUCCCACUACUGAGUCAAAUAGAACACUAUUAGAACCAACACCCUGUGUUCCUCUCACUACCACUACUGAGUCAAAUAGAACACUAUUAGAACCAACACCCUGUGUUCCUCUCACUACCACUACGGAGUCAAAUAGAACAAACUAUUCCUAUUAGAACCAACACCCUGUGUUCCUCUCACUACCACUACUGAGUCAAAUAGAACACUAUUAGAACCAACACCCUGUGUUCCUCUCACUACCACUACGGAGUCAAAUAGAACAAACUAUUCCUAUUAGAACCAACACCCUGUGUUCAUCUCAGUACCACUACUGAGUCAAAUAGAACACUAUUAGAACCAACACACUGUGUUCCUCUCACUACCACUACUGGGUCAAAUAGAACAAACUAUUAGAACCAACACCUUGUGUUCCUCUCACUACCACUACUGAGUCAAAUAGAACACUAUUAGAACCAACACCCUGUGUUCCUCUCACUACCUCCACUGAGUCAAAUAGAACACUAUUAGAACCAACACCCUGUGUUCCUCUCACUACCACUACUGAGUCAAAUAGAACACUAUUAGAAACCAACACCCUGUGUUCCUCUCACUACCACUACUGAGUCAAAUAGAACACUAUUAGAACCAACACCCUGUGUUCCUCUCACUACCACUACUGAGUCAAAUAGAACACUAUUAGAACCAACACCCUGUGUUCCUCUCACUACCACUACGGAGUCAAAUAGAACAAACUAUUCCUAUUAGAACCAACACCCUGUGUUCAUCUCAGUACCACUACUGAGUCAAAUAGAACACUAUUAGAACCAACACACUGUGUUCCUCUCACUACCACUACUGGGUCAAAUAGAACAAACUAUUAGAACCAACACCUUGUGUUCCUCUCACUACCACUACUGAGUCAAAUAGAACACUAUUAGAACCAACACCCUGUGUUCCUCUCACUACCUCUACUGAGUCAAAUAGAACACUAUUAGAACCAACACCCUGUGUUCCUCUCACUACCACUACUGAGUCAAAUAGAACACUAUUAGAACCAACACCCUGUGUUCCUCUCACUACCACUACGGAGUCAAAUAGAACAAACUAUUCCUAUUAGAACCAACACCCUGUGUUCAUCUCAGUACCACUACUGGGUCAAAUAGAACACUAUUAGAACCAACACCCUGUGUUCCUCUCACUACCACUACUGAGUCAAAUAGAACACUAUUAGAACCAACACCCUGUGUUCCUCUCACUACCACUACGGAGUCAAAUAGAACAAACUAUUCCUAUUAGAACCAACACCCUGUGUUCAUCUCAGUACCACUACUGAGUCAAAUAGAACACUAUUAGAACCAACACACUGUGUUCCUCUCACUACCACUACUGGGUCAAAUAGAACAAACUAUUAGAACCAACACCUUGUGUUCCUCUCACUACCACUACUGAGUCAAAUAGAACACUAUUAGAACCAACACCCUGUGUUCCUCUCACUACCUCUACUGAGUCAAAUAGAACACUAUUAGAACCAACACCCUGUGUUCCUCUCACUACCACUACUGAGUCAAAUAGAACACUAUUAGAACCAACACCCUGUGUUCCUCUCACUACCACUACUGAGUCAAAUAGAACACUAUUAGAACCAACACCCUGUGUUCCUCUCACUACCACUACUGGGUCAAAUAGAACACUAUUAGAACCAACACCCUGUGUUCCUCUCACUACCACUACUGGGUCAAAUAGAACACUAUUAGAACCAACACCCUGUGUUCCUCUCACUACCACUACUGAGACAAAUAGAACAAACUAUUCAUAUUAGAACCUAACACACACCCUGUUCCUGUCAGGUGGGAGAGACCAUAGGCAUCUCAGAGGAGAUCAUGGGCCUGACCAUCCUGGCUGCAGGGACGUCCAUCCCUGACCUCAUAACUAGUGUCAUCGUGGCUCGUAAAGGACUGGGGGAUAUGGCUGUGUCCAGCUCUGUGGGCUCCAACAUAUUCGACAUCACUAUGGGGUUGAGUACCAUUCAGUACCACUACAGUACUAUAACUCUACUCUACAGUUCACAGAGGCAGUAAUGAUACAGAUCAGGAAGGAAUCAAAUUACUUAAUGAUAAAUGAUCAUAUCUAUAUCUGUGAGAAGAUGAGUUUCUCUGGUAUUAAGGAUGUCAGAAUGCAAGAAUACAAAUAAACUCUUAGAUGGAGAUUUGACACAAUGUAUUUAAUUAUAUGGAACCGGAUUCAACAUAACAAGCUGCAAGAGUUGCCUCUUGCGAUCAGUAUGAGAGACAAAGAGAUCUCUCAGUUUAUAUACUUCAAGAUAAACAAGUUUUAACCAACAUCUGGCAACCAUCACUGGAAGACCCUCCCAACCGAGAUGGUACCAGCCGGCACCCCAGACGGGACCGUCCCUCUAUAACUCAUUCUAAGAUAAAUAACAGUGGUUCCUUCAGAUUUGUAUUAUUACUUUCUGGCUCCCAGAAUGACAUGAUAAAUGUAUUGAACACAUUCCCAAAUCCUGUGUAAAGACGUAAUAUCAAUCUGGAAUGUCAUAGACUAGUAAUUGCAGGAACAGAUUACUCUGGAGCAGGGGCUUUUUCCUGCAAUCUAGAGCCAUAAUCUAUUUAAAAAAUAUGUAUAUUUUUAUGCAUAUCUAAGCAUACCUCAUGAGCUGUCUGUAUCUUCCUGACUGGUGGAUCUUUUUUUUAAAAGAAACUAAACUCUGCAUCUCUGCGAAAAUCUGGGUAAACGAUUGAAAGGCAUGUGAGUCUUAUUCAGUACAUGUAGUUAUUGCCCGCUUUCUAAAGUCUAUCAACCUUGCCAGCAGGCAUGCCAGCGAAGAUGGUUAGACAAGAUACCUACUAACUUCACUGAUAGCCUGAAAUGGCUUCUUGGUAGCUAGUUAUGAGGAUGGGAGAUUGGGAACCUCUCUGGGCUAAAGCCAACUUCAUAAAACUGCUAGAUGGAUAGUAGUAUUACAGAGAAACGGGUCAAAAAGCAUUUGAGUCAACGCUCUUAUCCAGAGCUAUUAGGGUUAAGUGCCUUGCUCAAGGGCACAUCCACAGAUUUUUCACGUUGUCGGCUCAGGGAUUUGAGACCGAAACCUUUCAGUUAUUGGCCCCACGCGCUAACCGCUAGGCUACCUGCCUCCCUAUUUGAGGGAGCAUGUGCCCGUGUGCCCCCUAUGGGCAUGACGCCACUGCUCUGGAAUCAGAUGUUAACAUAAUGUGUAAUUCGGCCUAUUAAACACAAAAACUAUGUUUUAAGUGAGAAUUAGGCAGGUCUGUUGCAGAAAAAUAAAAUAAAUUAUUGCCUAGUUCACCCAUAUUUUAUUUCUAUUUUUGCAAAAAAAAGUAUUGUGUAGUUCCAGUAGUUAGCUACACCGCUACAUGGUAAAACAGUAGUGUGUAGUUCCAGUAGUUAGCUGCACAGCUACAUGGUAAAACAGUAGUGUGUAGUUCCAGUAGUUAGCUACACCGCUACAUGGUAAAACAGUAGUGUGUAGUUCCAGUAGUUAGCUACACCGCUACAUGGUAAACAGUAGUGUGUAGUUCCAGUAGUUAGCUACACCGCUACAUGGUAAAACAGUAGUGUGUAGUUCCAGUAGUUAGCUGCACCGCUACAUGGUAAAACAGUAGUGUGGAGUUCCAGUAGUUAGCUACACCGCUACAUGGUAAAACAGUAGUGUGUAGUUCCAGUAGUUAGCUACACCGCUACAUGGUAAAACAGUAGUGUGUAGUUCCAGUAGUUAGCUACACCGCUACAUGGUAAAACAGUAGUGUGUAUUUCCAGUAGUUAGCUUCACAGCUACAUGGUAAAACAGUAGUGUGUAGUUCCAGUAGUUAGCUACACCGCUACAUGGUAAAACAGUAGUGUGUAGUUCCAGUAGUUAGCUGCACCGCUACAUGGUUAAAACAGUAGUGUGUAGUUCCAGUAGUUAGCUACACCGCUACAUGGUAAAACAGUAGUGUGUAGUUCCAGUAGUUAGCUACACCGCUACAUGGUAAAACAGUAGUGUGUAGUUCCAGUAGUUAGCUACACCGCUACAUGGCUAAACAGUAGUGUGUAGUUCCAGUAGUUAGCUACACCGCUACAUGGUAAAACAGUAGUGUGUAGUUCCAGUAGUUAGCUACACCGCUACAUGGCUAAACAGUAGUGUGUAGUUCCAGUAGUUAGCUGCACCGCUACAUGGUAAAACAGUAGUGUGGAGUUCCAGUAGUUAGCUACACCGCUACAUGGUAAAACAGUAGUGUGUAGUUCCAGUAGUUAGCUACACCGCUACAUGGUAAAACAGUAGUGUGUAGUUCCAGUAGUUAGCUACACCGCUACAUGGUAAAACAGUAGUGUGUAGUUCCAGUAGUUAGCUGCACCGCUACAUGGUAAAACAGUAGUGUGUAGUUCCAGUAGUUAGCUACACCGCUACAUGGUAACAACAGUAGUGUGUUUAGUUCCGUAGUUAGCUACACCGCUACAUGGCUAAACAGUAGUGUGUAGUUCCAGUAGUUAGCUACACCGCUACAUAGUAAAACAGUAGUGUGUAGUUCCAGUAGUUAGCUGCACCGUACAUGGUAAAAACAGUAGUGUGUAGUUCCAGUAGUUAGCUACACCGCUACAUGGUAAAACAGUAGUGUGUAGUUCCAGUAGUUAGCUACACCGCUACAUGGUAAAACAGUAGUAUGUGUUCCAGUAGUUAGCUGCACCGCUACAUGGUAUAAACAGUAGUUGUGUGUUCCAAGUAGUUAGCUACACACGCUACAUGGCUAAACAGUCGUGUGUAGUUCCAGUAGUUAGCUAACACCGCUACAUGGUAAAACAGUAGUGUGUAGUUCCAGUAGUUAGCUGCACCGCUACAUGGUAAAACAGUAGUGUGUAGUUCCAGUAGUUAGCUACACCGCUACAUGGUAAAACAGUAGUGUGUAGUUCCAGUAGUUAGCUACACCGCUACAUGGCUAAACAGUAGUGUGUAGUUCCAGUAGUUAGCUACACCGCUACAUGGUAAAACAGUAGUAUGUAGUUCCAGUAGUUAGCUACACCGCUACAUGGUAAAACAGUAGUGUGUAGUUCCAGUAGUUAGCUCUACACCGCUACAUGGUAAAACAGUAGUUGUAGUUCCAGUAGUUAGCUACACCGCUACAUGGUAAAACAGUAGUGUGUAGUUCCAGUAGUUAGCUACACCGCUACAUGGUAAAACAGUAGUGUGUAGUUCCAGUAGUUAGCUACACCGCUACAUGGUAAAACAGUAGUGUGUAGUUCCAGAGUUAGCUACAAAGCUACAUGGUAAAACAGUAUGUGUAAUUCCAGUAGUUCAACUACACCGCUACAUGGUAUAAACUAGAUAUGUGUUCCAGUUAGCUCACCCGCCUGACAUGGGUAAAACAUUAGUGUGUAGUUCAGUAGUUAGCUACACCGCUACAAGGUAAAAGUUGUUAACUACGAAAACCGACCAAAUUGUAAUUCAUUCAACUACCUACAAGCUAUGAAAAGUAUUCAAUUUCCUAUCUUUCUACUCCCCAGCCCUGACAUGGGAACACUUACUGCUGGUGAGGCUUGAGAAGGGCUCAAAGUUUUAUGAGUCAAAUUGCUCAAUUGUCACCUAGCUGUACAGCUAAACGAUUUCUCUCUUUCUCUCCCCCCGCUGCCAGUCGUGGUAUGUGCGUCCUCCAUGUUUGCUCGGUGCCGUCAGCUCCAACGUCUCUGUGCUUGUGCUGCUUCUUCAUGUUGCUCUUCGUCAUCAUCAGUAUCGCUGUGUGUAAGUGGAAGAUGAACAAGACGCUCGGCUUCAGCAUGUUCCUUCUCUACUUUGUGUUCCUGGUGCUGAGUGUUCUGCUAGAGGACAGAGUUAUCAUCUGCCCAGUGUCCAUCUGACUCUACACCAUCCAUGUAGCACACACACACACACACCACACACACACACACACACACACACACACACACACACACACACACACACACACACACACACACACCACACACACACACACACACACACACACACACACACACACACACACACACACACACACACACACACACACACACACACACACACCACACACACACACACACACACACACACACACACACACACACACACACACACACAUAUGCACACACACACACAAAUGCAUGCACACACACACACGCACACACACACGCACAAACACAGACACACACACACCGACACACACACGCACACACACACAAAUGCACUCAACACACACACAAACACACACAGACAGAAACAUACACACACAUGCUGGAGGAUCAAGUCAUUAUCUGCCCUGUUUCCAUCUGAGACUGAUUGUGUGAAGUUUCUAUUUUGUCCAGCAUGGUGUCUGA